CGUCAGCGCCACGCGCCUUCCCGCCCCGCGGUGUUCGAGCUCUGGGCGAGCCAGCUCCUCACUUUUGUUACUCAUCUCAGGCAUGUUCUCAGCCGUUCCCUCUCCGCGGACCCUGGGUCCUGGGUCUCGACGAGGCCCUGGGCCGGCGUCUACACCCCGGGCCACCAGGAGGGGUCUGUCCCUGGGGUCUGCCGUCAGCUCCCCGGUGCUCUUCUCGCCGGUAGGCCGGCGUAGCUCUCUGAGCUCAAGAGGAACACCUACAAGGAUUUUCUCCCACCACUCCAUAUCAGAGUCCGUGAACUACGAUGUGAGAAUGUUUGGAACAUCUCUCCCUGUUAAGAUCAUGGAAGCCCUGACACUGGCGGAGGUUGAUGAACAGCUGUCUGUCCACAUAGAUGAAGGUGGGUGGGCUUGCCUGGUCUGCAAAGAAAAGCUCCUCAUUUGGAAGAUUACAGUGUCACCUGUCACUAAGCUGUCUGUCUGCAAAGAGCUCCAGCUGCCACCUAGUGAUUUCCAUUGGAGUGCUGACCUGGUGGCACUCUCUUACACCACAACUUCAGGUGAAGCACAUUCUGUUCAGGCUGUUGCUGUCAUGGUUGCCACCAAAGAGGGGUCCAUCCGCUAUUGGCCCAGCCUUGCCAGGGAGGACAUCUACUUGGAGACAAGAGUGGAUUUGGGAGGUGAGAAGAUGUGCAGUUUCCUGGUAGCGGUGCAGGGAGGAAGUUUCAUCUUGUCCUCCAUGGGAAGCCAGCUGAUUCGAUUGAUUCCUGAAAGCUCAGGGAAGAUUCACCAACAUGUCCUACCUCAAGGGCAAGGCAUGCUCUCAGGGAUUGGCCGGAAAGUUUCUUCCCUUUUUGGCAUUUUGUCUCCUACUAGUGACCUCAUGCUGACCAGUGUUCUCUGGGACAGAGGAAGGUCGAGCUUCUACACCCUGACAAGUUCAAACAUCAGUAAAUGGGAACUGGAUGAUUCUUCAGAAAAGCAAGCUUACAGUUGGGAUAUGCACAGAGCCUUGAAGGAGAGCAUUUCUGAUGCUAUUUGGGGAUCUGAAAGUAACUAUGAAGCUAUUAAAGAAGGGGUAAACAUUAGAUAUUUGGACUUGAAGCAAAACUGUGAUGGGCUUCUGGUUUUGGCAGCAGCAUGGCACCCAGGAGAUAGUCCCUGCCUCAUCUAUUACUCUCUGAUAACAGUGGAAGACAAUGGCAGUCAGAUGUCAGACACAGUCACUGUGGAAGUCAUUCAGUAUAACCCACCUUUCCAGUCUGAAGACCUGAUUACAUGUCGGUUGAUGGUCCCAAACUUUUCAAACCAGAUGGCCUAUCUAUAUAUGGAGAACGCUGUCUUCGUGUGCUCCACAGGGACUGGGAAUUUCUCUCUUCCUCAGGAGAAAAUUGUCUUUGAUACACAAGGAGAUGGCAUUCUGGGUGCUGGCUCCUGUGGUGGUAUUCCCAUCCUCUUCUCUAGGAACAGUGGUCUGGUGUCGGUCACUCCAAGGGAAAGUGUGUCCCUAUUAGCUGAAGACCUGGAAGAGUCCUUAGCCUCUUCGGUUGGUGGGCAGGGUAAUGAGAGUAUGGUUUUUGAGGCCACAACCAAGAAUGAAACUGUAGCUCACGAAGAUAAGACGAAACUGCUUAAAGCUGCUUUUCUACAGUACUGCAGGAAGGAGUUUGGCCAUGCCCAGAUGAUGGCUGACGAGCUGUUUUCCUCUCAUGCUGAUUUGGAGUCAGAUUCUGAGCUAGACAGAGCUGUGACCCAGAUUAGCGUGGACCUAGUGGAUGACUACCCUGCCUUGGACCCGAGGUGGGCCGAAUCUGUUCCCCAGGAGGCCCCUGGGCUGAGCAAUACCUCACUGAUCAUUCUUCACCAGCUAGAGGACAAGAUGAAAGCCCAUUGCUUGCUGAUCGACUUCCUUCACCAAGUCGGCUUGUUUAGGCGUCUGAGCACUUCUUCGAUCAGAGGGACACCCAUGACCACCCGACUGUUGCUCUGUGAACACGCAGAAAAGCUGUCAGCAGCCAUUGUACUCAAGAACCACCACUCUCGGCUGCCAGACCUUGUGAACUCAGCCAUUCUGCUCGCCCUGAACAAGAGGGAGUGUGAGGUUCCAGCCACCCUGACUCCUGCUGAUGUCUUCUUUCGAGAGGUGUCCCAGGUGGACACCAUCUGCGAAUGUCUGCUGGAGCAUGAGGAGCAAGUCCUUCGGGAGGUGGCACUAGACUCCCAGGAGUGGGUAGAGGUGGCAGUCGACGUCAACACAGUGCUCAAGGACAUGCUUCAGGCUGCCACUCACUAUCGCCUAAACAGAAGCUCCAUGUAUAGUCGAGAAGAUCCACUUGGGGAGGAGCCUGAGUAUGUGCCAUGGACAGCCACGAGUGGUCCUGCGGGCAUCCGCACAGCGAUCAUGCGCCAGCAUGGGAUCAUCCUACAGACAGUUUACCCCCAGGCUGACAGCAACCUCCGGAGUAUUGUGACAGAGCAGCUUGUGGCACUGAUUGACUGCUUCCUGGACAGUUACGUUUCCCAGCUGAAGUCUCUAGAGAAGUCCAGUGACCAAGAAAGAUACAGCGAUCUGGAAGUGGAGUACCUGCAGAAAAGAUCAGACCUUCUCUCUCCUCUUCUCACUCUAGGCCAGUACCCGUGGGCGGCUUCUCUGGCAGAAAAGUACUGUGACUUCGAUAUCCUGGUACAGAUGUGUGAACAGACAGACAACCAGGCCCGACUGCAGCGCUACAUGACCCAGUUUGCUGACCAGAAUUUUUCAGACUUUCUCUUCCGUUGGUACCUGGAGAAAGGAAAGCGGGGCAAAUUACUAUCUCAGCCCAUUUCUCAUCAUGGACAGUUGGCAGAUUUUUUGCAAGCCCAUGAGCAUCUCAGCUGGUUGCAUGAAAUUAAUAGCCAAGAAUUAGAAAAGGCUCAUGCAACACUUCUCAGUUUGGCAAAUAUGGAAACUCGUUACUUUGCAAAGAAAAAAACCCUUCUUGGGUUGAGUAAACUGGCUGCAUUAGCUUCAGACCUUUCAGAGGACACACUGCAAGAAAAAAUUGAAGUAAUGGCAGAGCAGGAGCGCUUUCUGCUGCACCAGGAGACCCUGCCAGAGCAGCUCCUGGUGGAGAAGCAGCUGAGUCUCAGCGCGAUGCCUGUGCUGACCGCACCACAGCUCAUUGGGCUCUACAUAUGUGAGGAAAACAGAAGAGCCAAUGAGUAUGAUUUCAAAAAAGCCUUGGACUUGCUGGAAUAUAUUGAUGAGGAAGAAGAUGUGAAUAUUGACGACCUCAAGUUGGAGAUCCUGUGCAGAGCACUACAAAGGGAUGAUUGGUCUGGUUCCGAUGGCAAAGAUGAUCCAAUUGAAGUGUCUAAAGACAGUGUGUUUGUGAAGAUCUUGCAGAAGCUUUUAAAAGAUGGCACGCAGCUCAGUGAAUACUUGCCAGAGGUGCAGGAUCUACUGCAAGCAGAGCAGCUGGGAAGCCUAAAGUCCAACCCUUACUUUGAGUUUGUUCUAAAAGCCAAUUAUGAAUAUUAUGUCCAGGGACAGAUGUGACAUUUCUAAAAAUGGUCAUCGUUGUAAAAUUUGUGUGCUUAUAAAAAGUUUAGACCAAAAAAAUUAGGCC